GUCCCAAUUAAUGGAUUCUGACAUGGAUUAUGAGAGGCCAAACGUAGAAACUAUCAAGUGCGUCGUGGUCGGGGACAACGCCGUGGGCAAGACCCGGCUCAUCUGUGCCCGCGCCUGCAACGCCACGCUCACCCAGUACCAGCUCCUCGCCACCCACGUGCCCACGGUGUGGGCCAUCGACCAGUACCGCGUGUGCCAGGAGGUGCUGGAGCGCUCGCGGGAUGUGGUAGAUGAUGUUAGCGUGUCCUUGCGGCUCUGGGACACCUUCGGUGACCACCACAAGGACAGGCGCUUCGCCUAUGGCAGGUCCGACGUGGUGGUUUUGUGCUUCUCCAUCGCCAACCCCAACUCCCUGCACCACGUGAAGACCAUGUGGUACCCAGAGAUCAAGCACUUCUGCCCCCGCGCCCCCGUCAUCCUGGUGGGCUGCCAGCUCGACCUGCGCUACGCCGACCUGGAGGCCGUCAACCGGGCACGGCGCCCCUUGGCCAGGCCCAUCAAACCCAACGAGAUCCUUCCCCCGGAGAAGGGGAGGGAGGUGGCCAAGGAGCUGGGGAUCCCCUACUACGAGACGAGCGUGGUGGCGCAGUUUGGCAUCAAGGACGUCUUCGACAACGCCAUCCGCGCCGCCCUCAUCUCCCGCCGCCACCUGCAGUUCUGGAAGUCCCACCUCCGCAACGUCCAGCGCCCACUGCUCCAAGCCCCCUUCUUGCCCCCCAAACCCCCCCCGCCCAUCAUCGUGGUGCCGGACCCCCCGUCCAACAACGAGGAGCGCCCGGCUCACCUCCUGGAGGACCCCCUGUGCGCGGACGUCAUCCUGGUGCUGCAAGAGAAGAUCAAAAUCUACGCACACAAGAUCUACCUCUCCACCUCCUCCUCCAAGUUCUACGACCUGUUCCUCAUGGACCUGAGCGAGGAGGACCAGCAGAGCGCCGCGGGGCACGGCUUCGGGGUGGCCGUCACCGCGGCGGCCGAGCGGAUGCUGCACCAAGAGGAGAGGCACCACGGGCGAGAUUUCCUCCUCCGGGCCGCCAGCUUUGAUAUCUGCGAGAGCGCCGAGGAGGCUGGGUCCAGCCAGCGCAAACCGUGCCUUAGAGCCUCCACCAGUGACGGGAUCCUGCGGGGGAAACGCUACGAGACCGGGGAGCGCGGGUUGAAGCGGGGCCGGGACCUCUCCUCGUGGAGCCGGGCCUUCAUCAGCAUCCAGGAGGAGAUGGCGGAGGAUCCGCUGACCUACAAAUCCAAGCUGAUGGUGGUGGUGAAGAUGGACGCUUCCAUCCAGCCGGGACCUUUCCGGGCCGUGCUGAAGUACCUGUACACCGGGGAGCUGGACGAGAAGGAGCGCGACCUGAUGCACAUCGCGCACAUCGCCGAGCUCCUCGAGGUGUUCGACCUCCGCAUGAUGGUGGCCAACAUCCUCAACAACGAGGCGUUCAUGAACCAGGAGAUCACCAAAGCCUUCCACGUCCGGAGGACCAACCGGGUGAAGGAAUGCCUGGCCAAGGGGACUUUUUCGGAUGUCACCUUCGUGCUGGAUGACGGUGCUAUCAGUGCCCACAAGCCCCUGCUCAUCUCCAGCUGCGACUGGAUGGCCGCGAUGUUCGGCGGCCCCUUCGUGGAGAGCUCCACCAACGAGGUGGCGCUUCCUUACACCAGCAAGAGCUGCAUGCGGGCCGUGCUGGAGUACCUCUACACCGGGCAAUUCAGCUCCAGCCCCGACCUCGACGACAUGAAGCUCAUCAUCCUGGCCAACCGCCUCUGCCUGCCCCACCUGGUGGCUCUCACCGAGCAGUACACCGUCACCGGCCUGAUGGAGGCGGCGCAGAUGAUGGUGGACAUCGAUGGGGACGUGCUGGUGUUCCUGGAGCUGGCACAGUUCCACUGCGCCUACCAGCUCGCCGACUGGUGCCUGCACCACAUCUGCACCAACUACAACAACGUCUGCCGCAAAUUCCCCCGCGACAUGAAGGCCAUGUCGGGAGAGAACCAGGAGUACUUCGAGAAGCACCGCUGGCCGCCGGUGUGGUACCUGAAGGAGGAGGAUCACUACCAGCGGGCGAGGAAGGAGCGGGAGAAGGAAGACUACCUCCACCUCAAACGGCAGCCCAAGAGGCGGUGGCUCUUCUGGAACGCCUCCUCCUCCCCUUCCUCCUCUCCUUCGUCGUCGGCAGCCACAGCCUCCUCUUCUUCCUCCUCCUCCUCCUCCUCGGCUGUGGUUUGAGAGCGCCCGUCCUUGCCCUGGCUCCAGGAGACGGAUGGGGAAGAGGAGAAGGAGGAGGAGGAGGAGGAGGAGGACGAAGGGUGGGAUGAGCUGCCCCAGCGCCAGGCGGGUGCCCCCAGCUGGCACCCCGGGGAGACGGAGCGGGGCGCCCCCACGCCGCAGCGCCAGCGCCGCAGGACUGGCCCGGAGCAGCAGGAGAAACCCACGUUUACAGGAGCACAAGGGUUGUCUUGGGUUUUCCUUUUUUCUUUUUUUUUUCCUUUCUUUCGAACAUCGACCGCAUGAGGAAGAAGAAGAAACCCGUCCCCGUUCCACUUUUAGUUCUGAAGCAGAAGCUGCGGGCUCGGGGUGGUUUUGGGGGACGCCGCCUCGACGCCCCUUGGACUUGCAGCGGGGCGAGGUGGGAUCCCGGCCCCAAACCCCUCUGGGCUGAUCCCACAGGAUCCUCAAACCCCUCUGGGCUGCACCAGGGCUGAUCCCACAAGGUGUCCCCCUCCGUUCCCCUGCGGGGGCUGUCCCCGUGCGGGGAGCUUUGGGGAAAAAAGGAGCCCUCUCCUCCCCGCACCUCCCCACGGGGGCUUGGCCCGCAGCAGCGCAGAGAGCAGACUUCUAUUUUAUUUUUUAAAGAAAAUCUAAAGCAAAAAAAUACCACGAAAAAAAAAAAAAAAACAAAAAACACACACACCAAAACUCACCCCCAGAAACCACCCCCGGGCCCUAUGGCUUGGGCUCGGAGCCUGGGCGGCUCCAUUGUAAUAAAUGGUAUUUUAAAAGCCCGGCGUGGUCCCUGUGUGUUUGGGAGGAAGCAACUGGCGCAGGAGCAUCGCAGGAUCCAGCAUCCAAAAAAAAAC